GCAACGGGCGAAUGAGGAUUUUCAUACACAACGUAGACUCCUACAUCGGAAAGGCGCUGGUCAAGGAGCUUCGGAAAGCCGAAGGCGGCUUGAACCGCAUCUUUGGAACAGCCUCGAAGGCGGACCAGGCACCUGCCGCAGUAAAGCGAAUCGUCUGUCGAGAUGACCCCAAGAAGGCCAAGAAGAUGGCUGAGACGAUCCAGUCUUGCCGUCUGGUGGUCAUCAGCCUUGCGGACUGCACGCUGGAAGAUCUGCACUUUGCAAUCAAUGCCUUGAAAGUGGAUCCAAAGGCGAAUCCACCGAAAGUCUACGGCGAGCUGGAGAGUGACGUCGUUUUCAUCGCAAUCUCCUCUGUGCCCACCCCGACAUUUCGGCUCAAGUUCCAAAAAAAGGCACAUCGAACUGUGUGCCGGACACUGGCCAUGGGCCAGUGCCGAGUGGCUUCCGGCCCUGUGCGAAGCCGAAAAAGCCGAUGGCCUUGCCACCCCUUGGGUCUGGCACUUUUGGCUUGGGUGCUCUUGCAGGAUGCGGACCUGCUUGAGUGGGAGCGCGAAACAUCCGCGGGUCCUCUCACUGAGCCUCGGGGGCUCGAGCAUCCAGCACAUCAAGUCCAUCCAGCCUUCAACCUGGGCCAUGUGACUCGCAGGUCUACGUGUGCCGGGGCCACUUGUGUUCAUGGUCCGAGUCAGGCAGUUUUUGCCGGCCGGCCGUCCAAGAUGCACGACGUGAGUAGGCCUGGCAUGGUGAAUUCGCCCAGUUCCUUCGACCAUAGCCUGGAAUACCUUGCAGCCGGUGGUUUAGCCACAGCCGGCAUCCUCGCAGCUCGAAAAGCUUCUGCAAGCGAAGCUGAUGGGUGGAUACGCCAGCUAGUCUCCCCUGGGACAUUGUGCAUAAUCAUUCUGGUCUUCCAGAAAUGCUCUGCGGAUGCGCUGACCUGGUGGACAAAGGCCCGAUGCAGCUUGUCCUACUCCGGGGCAAAUGUUACAUUGCUCAGCGAGGUGUUCAAGUUCCCGUUGCUUCUCCUGGCCAUCGGCUACAUCAAGUCUCCGCAGCAAGUAAUACCCACCAUCAGGACGGCCUUCACCCGAAAGCCAUUCUCCAUGUGGUGGGUCGGCCUGCUAUACGCAGCGCAGAACCUCCUCUACUUCGCUUGCCUUCAAUAUUGUUCUGCUGCCACAUACCAGGUCUUGAGUCAGAGCAAGCUGAUCUUCACUGCGGGUUUCAUGUCGCAGAUGCUUGGAAAGAGCUUCUCCAGCAUGCAGAUCGUCGCCUUGGGCCUGCUGCUCCUAGGAACGCUUUUUACGCAGCUGGCCGAAGUCUCGGGCCCUGCGGUUUUGAGCGGAUCAGCUCCUUGGUUGGGCGCCGGCCUGACGGUGCUCUCAGCCCUGCUCUCCGCGCUGCCGAAUGUUUUCUACGAGCGUCUCCUGAAGGAAGACAAGGACGAGUGGGUCACAAACCUGCAGCUUACCACCUGGAUUUGCUUGUGGGUCAUCCUUAUCAAAGCGGCGGGGAUGAUCGUGCUGGGCACUGGCCCCGGACUUCCCUCGUUGGCCGAAGCCACGGCCGGCUUUAACGCCUUCGUUUGGGUGAUCGUGGCCUUAAAGACGUUGAACUGCAUCAUCAUCCCGUCGUGCCUGAAAUAUGCGGACAACAUAUUGUACGGCUACGCCAAGCCCAUCUCAAUUGUGCUGACAUGCGCAGCGACGUCGGUGGCGACAGGCCAAUCGCCUUCGCUGACGAUGGUGGCGGCAAUCAUCUGUGUGGUUGUGUCAAUCAUAGUAUAUGGAAGAGGGUGA